CAUGUAAACAAUCUUCGCAUAAAUAAGUCGAAUAUUGUUGAAAAUAAUUCAAAUAUUACUUCACACCCAUACAUUCUUAAGUCCAACAUUUAGUACUGUGUACUUUUUCACCAGGACGAAUUUAUCUAAAGACACAAUUAUUGAUAAAUAAUUUAAUAAAUAGUCUAACGUACUUUCAUAAUUUAUUAAUGCUUGAUUAACAAUCAUUAUAUUUAUCACAUUUCAGUUAGGUUAGGCUGAAAUUCAAUCCAAAAGAAUAGUGUUAUGAGUUCAAGGCAAUGAUGAUUACAAAAGUAUUUACUUACCCAUAUAUUGUGUACUAAGAUCAUAACGAAUUUCGUAAUUCAGACGGCAAACCGUAUUUGCCCAUAAAAAUUUACAUCGGAUCCCAUAGGUCUGAUAAGAUAAAAUGUAGGUUUUUAUUUGUAUUUACGGAGAAUUACUGCAUAUGCUGAGAAUACUAUAAAUACUAAUAAAGGUGUUCGACAUAAUCAGAACUCUGCUUCUAUUCGUGUAACUUUGACCUUUGAAGUGAUUUUCUAAAAAUGCGCGCCAUUUUUUCACUGGGCUCCAUACUGCUCAUGUCUGUGGCAUGUACAACUUUCGGACUUCCUGCAAGUGGCGAAUCAUCACCAACACAGAAUGCUCUUGUUUUACGGCAACAACAACUGGAUAUCAUUGGAAAUACUAGACGCCUAAUCGAACAAUUAGUAGAGAACCUACAGAAGGCUGCUAAGGAGGCUAUGGAUGCAGUAGCUCAGUUCAGAGAUGGUAUUCUUGAACAAGCCAAAUUAAUCCAAGAAAGGAUGGUGGCAGAGAUUCAGAAACUGAAAGAGCGGGUUGAUAGUGCCUUUCAAACGGUUUACGAUAAAUUCGUAAAUUCUGGCCAAGAAGUCAGGGAAUGUAUUGAUAAGCAGAAAGUACAUGCGGAAUCAGUCUUCAAUGACACCAUGAAAGACACCAUCGCCUGCGCUGAUGAACGCAUUAAAGACAUCGCUGAACAACUGGAUAGUCUCACAAGCCUAGCUACUAAUGCUUCUGAGUUCGCUAAUGCGGCGCUGGAUGACAUGAGGGCCUGUAUCGAUAAAAACCAGCCGAGCAUGAUGACUGUCGGCGCGUGCUUGGGCAGUGUUGCAUUGAGGACUGAAAUGAGAGGAGCUGUCUUCUUGACUCAGAGUGGCCUUCAGAUUGGCCGUCUCAACCUGCAACUGUCAACUUUGCCUGCUGCUCUGGAAGUGUGUGCAGGAACACGCUUGGUCCAAGCUGGAGUGGCUACAGCUAGAUUGAUCAUGGAAAUAGGAAGCUGCUCCGCCUCAUCCAUUUUCACCUCAUUUGUCGACUCCACAGCUCUGAUGUAUUUGACAGAAUCAAAAAACUUAAUACGUGAAAACCAUUAUCUGAGAAAAGUACAACUCCAUGAUGAUAAUUUUAAUAAAGCCCAAGAAUUUUCAAGGAUGCUUGAAGUGCAAGAUCAGAGAAAUUUGAGGAGCCUCUCGGAUUUAUGGGAAAGCAUAAAAAAUACUGCUGUUAAUACUUGGAAUCAUAUCAAAAAUAUUGCCAAUAAAACAAAAGAGAAGAUAAAGGAAAUGAUUGAACAAUUUAAAGAUAAAAUAAAUCAAAUACAAACAAAAUUUGAGGAACGUAUAAAAGAACUGCAAGGGCAAAUACAAGAAAUGAUCGACAAAGCUAUAAGCACAGGUCAAAAUGUAAAGAAAUGUGCUGAAGAAGAAAAAGAAGUAAUAGGUAACCUUACGAAGGAAAUUUUAAAGAACGUGUCUCUGUGUGUAUCUGAAAACUUAAAGCAGCUCUCACUGUUGGAACUUUCACUGAGGAUUGAAUUCGAUGAUACAGACUUCCAAAACAAACUAAAGGGCAAACUCGAUAAAUGUGUCGAAAGAGGAGAUGUCAACGAAGAGUGUUUAUAUGGGGUGAGAGAAGAUUUAUUCAAUGAUGUGGACGCAAUGGAAAAUGAAUUUCUUCAAAGCGGGGCACAAACUAGAAGCGUAGCAGAGGAUAUUCUAAAUACAAUAAUAGCUUGUACUACAGAAGGGCUGUUAGUUGCAUCAGCAAAUAUAACUAUGGAAGCAAUAACUAUUAUCAAAUGUGCCGCAGAAGAUUCAGAAACGACAGACGACACAUACAUGACGCUUGAAUAAUAAUGCAUUAUAUUAAAACAAAAUUUACCUUGUACUCGAGAAACAAAUCUAACUAAUAAAUAAAUCUCUAUUCUACUUAGUAA